GCCAUCUUCAACUCUUUCUCUCUCCCUCCUAAAAACUUCCACUGUUUCUCUGCUUUCUCCGAUCACCGUCGUAUUACCCUUCUUUUCCUCCAGUCACCUCUUCUUCCACUGUUUCCUCUCUUUCAUCGUUCAUCAUCACUGUUUCACUUAUUUUUGCUCCUAUGAUUCUAAUCUCAGAAAACAUUCAUCUCAUCCCCGAUUCACCUAAAUCCUUCGAAACCCAUGUGGGUUCUCAUCAGGAGAGCCAAAUCUGGGUUCUCCAUGAGGUCAGAUCUUGCGGAAAGAAGGAAAAUGGGAACCCAAAUCCUUGAGCUCGCGAGAUUCCAGGGAGGCACCUAAGGUUAGGUUUCAAAGGGACUAUAUUUAAGAUUGAUCAAUGGGUUUAAGGUUUGGUGGAUUCCUCCCCCUUCUUCCGAAAUCCAUCAAUUCUCUCGUCCCUCAUUAUUAUUGUUGGAUUUUCGUUGGAUUUUUGAGUGAAAAUUUUUGGGUUUUUGCUAGAGUUUUUUUAUGGAAUCAACAAAAAAAAAAAAGGAAGAAGGGACUGCGAGAGACUAUUGGCUAGAGAUCUGGGAGAAUGUAUUUCAGAAAUUAGGCCCUAAUACUCCUUGCUCUACUGGAUUAGAUCUGGGAGAAUGAGAACCCAAAUCAGGUUCUCACCAUCCAACCAAAAACAAAGAAGAAAAUAGAGAAGGAUGAAGGCGAAGGAGAGGAGGUUAGGGACGGACACAGAGUUGGGGAAAAGGAAGAAAAUCGAGGAAGAAGAACCAGAAAAUUAUUUUAAUUUUGUCUAGUUUUGUUUAAAUUUAGUUUAUUAUGAUUAAAUCUAUAUAUAUAUAUAUAUAUAAUGCUACCCUAUGCAUUAAAUAGGGUAAGCAUUUUAUUUAUAUACAUGCCCAGCACAAUUCAAAUUGUUUCUUUUCAUUAGUUAUCACAGGAUUAAUUUUAAUUAAUUAAUAAUAAGAAUAAACAUAGUAAUGGUCUUCCUUUCCAUCAGUUAUUACAGAAUUAAUUUUAAUUAAUUAAUAAUAAGAAUAAACAUAAUAACUGAUACACUUGUGAAAUGUAGAGUAAGGAUCCAGUUUUCUGUCAUAUACCAUUAUUGACAUCACAUAGCAUAAAGGCAUGAACCUCCCUCCUCUCCUAUAAAUUCCCCCCUGCCUCCGAUUUCUUUCUUCAUACAAUUCUCUGUUCUCUGCUAAUUGCCUUAGCUCAAUUCAAUAUUCAAGAAAAAGAAAAAGGUUUCAGUAAAUGAGUGAGGUGAGUUUGCUGCAUUCUUCAUCUCGUCUUAUCUUCCUCUAUGAAUCUUGAAAUUUUCUUGGAUUUGGACUUAAUUGUUUUAUUCGGUAUUUGACAAAAAAAAGGAGAAAGCUAAGCCCACCUAUGCAGGCAAUGGAGAUAAAAAAAAGCUGACAAGAAGAAGAAACCCAAGGAGAAAAAUGAAGGGAAGAAAGCAGUAGGUGAAAAGAAGGAAAAACAUGGCGGAAAGAGAGGAAAGAGGGGAAUUUUUGUGGGAUUUGUGGGAGUUAAGCUUUAGCUCCAAAUUUCGGGGAAAAAAAAAAGUACAAUACAUUUUUUAUAAAUCCAGCUCUUUUUU